AUGAACAAAUAAUUACUUUUAUUAGCUCUUUUAGGAACAGCUUUGAUUGGAUCAACUGUUUUCCUUUUAGUCAAGUCUAACAACAACGUUUAAGAAAAUGAAGAAAACUUAGCUUAGCUAUGGUCACUUUGGAAGAAGACUUACAACAAAAAAUACGCUGAUCCUGAUUCAGAACAUUACAGAAUCUAAGUUUUUUCUUCUAAUUUAGACUUUGUUAAGUAAGACACAACUGGUACUAUGGGUAUCACUCAGUUCUUCGAUUUAACUCGUGAUGAAUUUGCUGCUACUUAUCUUACUGAAAGACUUACUGAUAAUAAUGAACCUAUCGCUGAAGAUAUUCCUAUUGAUUCUUCAACUAAUAUCAAUUGGGUUACUGAAGAAAAGGUUACUGAUGUUAAAAACUAAGGAUCUUGUGGCUCUUGCUGGACUUUCUCUGCAACUGGUGCCGUAGAAUCAGCUUUGAUCAUCGCUGGUAAAGCUGAAAGAUCUAUUAAUCUUUCUGAAUAAUAACUCGUCGAUUGCUGCACUGCUGAAUAUGAUAAUGCAGGUUGUAACGGUGGUAACAAAGAUUAGGCUUUCAGAUACAUUGAAUCUAAUCCAAUCACUACUGAAGCUAACUAUCCUUAUAAGGCUGUUAACUAAAAAUGCAAUACUUAAAAGGCUGCUUUAACUCCUAAUUACACUAUCUCUAACUACAAGCAAGUAAAUGCUUCUACUAAUGAUCUUGCUGAAGCCCUUAAGAUUCAACCAAUUGCUAUUUCUGUUGAUGCUUCUAAUUGGUCUUUCUACACAGGUGGUAUUUUCUCCAAUUGCAAUAAUACUACUCAUAAUCAUGCUGUCCUUCUUGUUGGUUUCUAGAACGAUGCUUGGAUUGUUAAAAACUCUUGGGGUACUACCUGGGGUGAAAAUGGUUACAUUAGACUUAAAAACGGUAACACUUGUGGUCUUGCUAAUGUUCCUUACUAUCCUAUUGCUUGA